CCUUGGUCUUGUUUUGUGACCACUCAUCCGUUCCAAGACCCGUUAUGACUUCAUUGCACAAUAUCUUGUAAUCUGACUUUUGUGAAAGUGUGUGGUCUGAGUCAGCCAAAAGAGUGGUCUGGAUAUCCAGAGUAAGUGAAUGCAGAACAGUGGUGUGUAUCUUGCCAGCAAGUGUGCGUGCAACAGUGGACUGGAUCUUAUUGGCAAGACAGCCAUGUUGAAACGAUGGCUGCUUGUCCGGGUGGCCCCGGUGGCAAUGGGCGUCUGCUGCUGUGCGGUUCUGCUCUACCUGCUGGCCUGCAGACCCACAGCGAGGGACCCCCAGCAAGAAGGUUUCAUGGCGCUGCUCCAGGAGAGAGAGGACUCGCAUAAACAUUACACUGACAGCCUAGAAAAGCAGAUAGCGGAGCUGAAGGAGGCUCUCCAGGAGAUGACACUGCAAUUGAAGGAGUCACAGGACAGAGCCAAAACUAAAAGGAUUCUGCCUCUGGGCCCGGAGAGCAUAAACAAAAAUCCCACAACAUCUGAACUCGAGGAGUUCUUCCGCUUACAGCUGAACCAUACAGAGAUUAACUCGGGAGUGUCUCUACCUAAUGAAUAUGUUGUGAUUCCAUUUGACACUUUUACCCUGAAAAGAGUGUACCAUCUAGAGACAGGCCUGACCAGACAACCUGAGGAGAGCCCUGUUAGGAAGGACCAUCGGAAUGAGCUAACAGACAGUGUGGAGGCAGCCUUGCACAUACUCAAUGGACCUCAGCAUCACUUGGUCAGCAGCAGAAGGAAACGCACCUUCUCUCCAGCAGACUUGAUUGAAGGGCUGACCCGCACCGAGCGCACCAGGGGUACCGUAUACGAAUUGAUUUUCAAAGGCCACGGGCUGCAGCACUACGUCAAGACGAUGCUCUUCAGGCCAUUUGGACCCUUGGUUAAGGUGAAAAGCACACAGGUGGACACACGCAGCAUACUUGUCAACAUCAUCGUUCCGCUUUCCAAGAGGGUUAACACCUUCCGCCAGUUUAUCCGUAACUUCAGAGAAGUGUGCAUCCAGGGGGAUGACAGGGUCCACCUGACGGUGGUCUACUUUGGACACGAGCAGUUUGACCAAGUGAAAGCCACGCUGGUUGAGACAACCAGGGAGACCCACUUCAGGAACAUCACACUGAUCCAGCUCGAUGAGGAUUUCUCAAGCGGCCGUGGUUUGGAAGUGGGUGCCAAAGCCUGGCGGCAAAGCCAAGACAUACUGAUGUUUUUCUGUGACGUCGACGUCAUCUUCACAUCCGAUUUCUUGACUUCCUGUCGCGUCAAUGCCGAGUCUGGUAAAAAAGUGUACUACCCAAUCCUCUUCAGCCAGUACAACCCAUCUGUCAUCUAUAGAAACUACACUCAUGUACCAUCAAUUCAGCAACAACUGAUCAUAGGAAAAGAUACAGGUUUCUGGAGAGUGUUUGGCUAUGGUAUGACAUGCCAGUACAGGUCGGAUUUCCUCAACAUAGGUGGCUUUGAUCAAAACAUUAAAGGCUGGGGGAUGGAGGACGUGCUCCUGUACAGGAAACACGUGCACAGCAAGCUGAUGGUAGUGCGCGCUUCAUCGCGCAGCAUUUUUCACAUGUGGCACGAGAAGGUGUGCAGUGGUGAUCUGCCUGCAGACAGGUACCAGAUGUGUAUGAGGUCGAAGGCCAUGACUGAGGCCUCGCACGGCCAGCUGGGGGAGCUACUCUUUAAAGCGGACAUCCAGGCGCACUUCGAGAGGAACAGAAAAAGCUCAUGAUGAAGUAUGGCGAAGAAUGGAUACUAAACACAUAAUUGUGUACUGAAAUAAAAUGAGAUAUAUUGUUGUAUUGAGUUCAUUUUGUCUACAACAAUCAUUAUUUAUUGAGCGCCUGAAGGAAACGUUGUAAACUGUAGAUGUACUUAAAGUGAUCUUAGAGUCAAAAUAAAUGUCAUCUAAAUUUGACACACAACAAACAAGAGUUGUUUUAGCAAAAAUAUUUGUGCUUAUGGGGAGUUUUUAUUACUAGUGUGGUAGUCUGGUCAUGCCCCUGGCCACUUGUUUACUAGACACAUAAAGGAAAGAACCUGAGCUGCCAGUUGAAAUGGAUUUUACUAAAAGAAAAUGCAGUGUUCCAUCAUAGUUGAUAAAGACUUCACACACAAUUUACAG